AUGGAUAUCACAACGCCCACAAUAUUACCACAAUCGAAGCCUCAAUUCGGGUCCGACCUGUUUGAGUCAGGGCUAAACACACCUUUGGAUUAUCCUGUUGAUGAGACAUCAGAGCGCUUGAGGGAUCUAGAACAACUAACGGCACCAAGCGACGAAUUCCAGUUGUCAGAUCAGGCAAUCAAGGCCGUAGGUGGUCGCCUAGAAGAGGCUGGACCGAUACUAAGCCCAGUCGACAAGACUGAUGCGGAGGAGCUCUCUCUCGAGUCUGAUGCAGACACGGAAUCCGACAUUCAGGUUGACCCAGAACUCGUGUCCCACCUUACAGCAACAGUCUGCUCUUUGCGCUUGCGCCACCAAGAGCAGUUGCAUCUCCAAUCACUCUUUACCUCGAAACUCGAAGCUUUGGCCCAAAAGUCUCUGGAGCAAGAAGCAGCUAUCAGCUCCCUCACGGCCGAGCUGCGGUCUGUCCGCGAGUCAAAUGCACAGCUAGGUCGCGAAAAUGCUCUGCUGGCACAUGAAAACAAUGAACUGCGUGUGUCGGUGCAAGACCUUGAAGGUGAAGUUGUUGAGCGCAAGAGGGCAGUGGAAGCCAUGACUGGUGCAGUACGAGGAUUAGAAGGAUGGAUCGAGAGUGCAAAUAAUUCCCCACAGUCGAAUUCAAAUGGACGCUUGCUGCGGGAUAAGGCAAGUCACGGACAGGGCGAAACAGGAAGCAUUCGUGGCAAAGGUAGAUUUCGAGGUCGCUAUUACCAUGAUGGCGAUAAAUCAGGUGGCUUGGGCUUGGACGGGACUUCUGAUGUGGAUACAGCGGAGAUACAAGAAGGCGUUAUGGCUUGGGUGAGAGGGUUCAAGGACGUGGAGGAUGGACUAAAGGAGAUACAACAGCGUGGCGGCAGGGCAAGCCGAGCAAAACAGGUCAACGGACGACGACCGCCAAGCGAUCUGGCCAACGACACAGCUGACACUUUCAGCGAGGACUUUGGAGAAUUUGUUACUGGAGGAUGA